UAGGUUUCAAUUUGUUUCCUGUACUGUGGGUGCAUAUUUUUUGUAGUAUACUCGUAUACUACAAAACUGGUAGCAUACGAGCCUUUCCGUAGCCUUUCUCUCCGUAGAAAAUGUCAUGUGUUUAAGGCAGCACAAGCAUUUUAAGCAUUUCCACUUUUACAAAAUAUUACGUUUGGGGAAGGUGUAAGCGUGCUUGAGCGAAGACUCCAGACGGUUCAAUGGUCAGUCGUCCGGUAAGUUUCAAAGUCUUUAUCUUUAUCUUUAUCGCCCCUAUAUAUGAGACGUUUUUAAAAGCUCUUAUUUGUUGUUCUUUCAUGAGGUGUGCAGAUUUCAAGAACGGCCUUAAAAUUUGCGUUUAAUUUUGCGACCGCGGUCAGAUUUGUGUACUAAUAUGACAGUCGACGAGCGUUAUAAUUUGAAAAGCCGAAAUUUACAUGUAAGAGUUCAUACGAUCGACGCUCAAGUUGGGUAAUGUACCUGGGGGAAAGCCGUCAAAUUACGAUCGGGCAGGUGUCUAUUUACCUUUAUAUGAACGAAUCAAGCUUUAUUAGCCCUCUCUACCUGGAGGUAUGUGAAAUUGUUAUUGAUAUCGCAAAGGAUAUGCAUAAUCCUUGUCAAAGGAAACUUUACGCUCGACCAAUCAUUUAAAUUGAAAUGACGAAACUUUUGGGUUACGCACUAAACAUAACGGUAAGUCUUUGGCGACCGAAAGAGUGGGGAAGUGGAAGGGAUGCGUGAAUAGUCGGUAUUCCAUUGCUUCUAUUUAAUAUGGUGCCGUGAUAUCUAUGAACAAAACAAGUUUAGGCGGGUAAACAGAGUCAUGUCGGACGUGUUGUGUCUUUGGAGUUACGAAACGAGAACGCUUAUAGAUGUUCUUCUUAGUUCAUGUCAGGAAAACGAACUAAACUCACCUAAAGGGAAAUCUUAGGCAUCAAAUUUCACUUCCUUGUUCUUUGUGUGUUAUUGAUAUUGACAAUAUUACGCUUGUUUCAGACGUCGUGCUACUGCCGUGCUAAGCUGGCUCGACUGUAGCACAACACUAGCACGACUUGGUUUUAGACGUCGAAUUUAAUUCAGUCGAAUAGAAAGGUUGUUGCCGAAACCAAAACACAAAAAUAAAGAAACGAUUUAGGAAACUUUUAAAUGUAUUCUAAUGUAUGCAUAAUUUAUGAAUUGAGUUCAGCACGGUAGCAGCACGACUUGGUUUUAAACGCCGCUCUACUGCCGUGCUAAAGUCGAACUUAAUUCGUCGAUCGUUUAGUUCGGCACGGCGCGCAGUAGCACGACGUUUGAAACGGGCCUUACAUGUACAAAACCAGGGCCGUACACAAAGGAGCUUCAUGUAAUUUUAGGGAGGUGAAAAAAGUUAAAGAAUAUAGCGUGAUAUUAUAUGAUUUCUCUUAUGUUAUAAGAAUGGUCUAAAGGCUUAUAAUUUGACUGAUGACGGAACAGUUUUAUAUUUCUUGUGAAUUUAGACACAAUGGUAGAACAACUCUUUGAAUUACAAGUGAUUGGACUCGACAAUUUCUGUCGUGUUUACGUCAUGGUUGGUGCAGCCUUGAGACAAACGUCGUGCUUGAAUUGCGCCUAUUGUGUUCGUAAAUCUCUUACAUAAUAAGCCCCUUGCAAACGGAUGCAACAUUGUUGGUUGUCAUAUGUUGCGUCCUUUUGCACACUCUGUUGCAUGUUAUUGCGUGUUGUUGGGAGUUGUUGCGCAAAGUUUGACACCAGUAAAACUUUUGAGCUAACAACUCUCAAAAUUUCUUUUGUUGUGUGAUCGCCGAAGCGUAGCCCAACAAUGUUGGAUCCGUAAAGCAUAGCUGUUCCAACAUGGUUGGGGCCACACACGCGCAUUGAGGUCUUAUGGUCUGUAUCCUUCUCACGCCGAUGCACUGCAGAUCCUAACAUUGUUGGGAGGUGUUGCAUCCGUUUGCACACCACUGCCAACACGAACGCAACAACUCACAACUUUGUUGGCCCAACAAUGUUGGGAGUUGUUUCGUUCUUUUGCAGGUAGCUUAACCUUUCUCAAUGUGAAUCUGUGCGCGAACAAAGGGUGCCUAUUUGAGUCCGUAAUUUGGUCAAACUUGUGUCAAGAGAGGAGUCAAUGAGGCUAAAUCUAUACACGUUUUCAAGAAUCAAAAUUUUAGGCCUUCAAUAUGUAACUACAGAGAGCUGUAAGAAUCUCAAUGUGUCUAAUAAUAAUAAUAAUUCCGUUAUUUACCCUCGGCAGUAUUUAUAGUACUUAUGCUGUGACGAUAGGUUUUGCCCUUCCAAGCGCAAAUCGGGGAAAACAGUGUUGAGGGAAUUUUGCCGGCGUAUCAAAAAACAAGGGGGAGGAAACUAACUCAGUCUUCUGUAACUCGCUUGGCUAGCAAGACUGGAAUUCGUCACUGUUCCAUAGUACUACGGAUCUGCUACAACUGAGAACAAGACAGCACUCAAACUUGGACUUAAACAGUUUAAUCUUCAGCCAUAGGCGUACGGGCCGAGGGGGCGAGGGGGGCUGCAGCCCCCCCAAAGUUUGGGCAACUCAGAUUUUUUGGGCAGCAAGAGAAAACUUGGGCAAAGCCAGUUUUUAAAAACGUUUCCAUGUUUUUUAUUAUUAUUAUAUUUUGAAGACAUAAAUAUUUUCUAUUUUAACCAGAAGUCGGCGUAAUAAUUCAGUUACGUUCACACGAGACAGUGGUUGCCUAGCACGUGAUGGGUUUCUGGUUAUAAGGGAAGGGUAUCAUAUGCUGAUUUUUUUGUUGUUGUUGUUAGGCACUGUACUUCACUGUACUAGCUAGAGUGGGCUAUUUCCAGUCAUGAAUUGAUUAGAAUAAACUUCCGCAUAACUUUCUAGAAUCACCUCCGCUCCUAGAAUAGUGUGUGGCAGAACACGCUUCAGCAAUGGGUCUGAAAGUGAAGUGGCUGACUAAUUCUCAGUUUGAAUUACGAGAAGAAUCAUAAAUUUCUUAACAAAAUCUAUCAAGGGUUUAAAAAUUAUUCACUAAUUUGUUUAAGUAGACCGAAAUGUUUACGAAACCCCUAACAAGAUCGAGCGCCAAUCAAAUCCUUCCUUAGUAGCAAUUGGCAGGAGCUAUCUCCAUGAUCUUUCAUACGCGUUUUUAAUACGAUUGAAACUCCGUUUUCUAAACAUCAAGAUUUUCCUUUUUUACUUUAUUUCUAACAAUAAAAACUUCAUCCCAAAAUAUCUCGAUAACACUCUUACAGUUCCGUUUUAACUUCACGUACAUCGAGGCGACUAUUGGAGGAAAGAGCUUCCCUGAACGAUUUUGUAAGAACAGUUCCCAGUGAGAAAUAUUGCUGCAAGUAUAAUAGGUAAUGGCGUCAUUUCGUUGCUAUGACAGCUCCGAUGUCAGUGCAAUCCUGAUCAUGACAAAUUUCCCUCUUUAUCUAAUACAACUGUGGUGGCAAUUUUUUCCAAAUGCUUGUUUGUGGCGAAGUAGUUUAUGCUCAAACUUGGCAGGUAUUGACUCUGAAAAACUGUAUCGAGCCACUUUCAUAUGCCAGUACGGCCUAUUUUGUUGCAUGGCCCUAGUUUCCUUUCGACUGUUUUGUAAAAAUUUGGGCAACUUGCAAGAAUUUUUUGGGCAAAUGGAUUACCGCCCCCCCUGGCAAAAAAUUGCCCGUACGCCUAUGUCUUCAGCUCGUGGACGUAAAUCAUACAGGCACGUGAAUCGGAAAAACAGGGAUAACAGUGCUCCAUUUAUACAUACCGAUCAACUUAUUACAACAUCACAAAACAAUGGAAAGGAGGCUGAAUAAAAUCAGCUGAAAACUGGAAAAUAAUUUGGAUAAAUUCAGCUUUAAAUUUCAUAUGCUAAACUAAAUGACUCAAAAUUAAAUGUCAGUCAAGCAAAUGUAUUUCGGAAACUUAUAAAAGAUUGAGCAGCCACUAAAGCUGUGGAAAAGAAUUGGAGUUUCCUUUGCUCAGGAUUCGAGUCCUUAAAUUGUCAAAACUAAAAACGAUUGGUAUUUGAACAGGAGAAAGGUCCAGUUGUUCAGCCACUAAGCUGUAUAAUUAUUUCUAGAAAAUGCAAUUUUCGAGGAUACAGUCAUCUAAUAUGUGUACAGAAAUUACUAAACGUACACUGUUCCAAUAAUUAUAUGCAGAAAUAAACAUUCCUGGUUAUAAUAUUUUUACAGGCUUAAAUCAGAAAAACUUAUUCUAAACGUUAAAGUCCUGUUUUUAUAAUUUUGAAGUUCACGUACCAUUAAAUAUAUUUAAAACCUAGUGAAAUCCACAUUUUCCCCCCUAACUAUGCUAGUGGGGCCGGGCAAAUGCCUGAAACAAAUAAUUCAAAUCAAACAUCACAGGUUAAGAAUCCCAACUCUUCUAGCUAAAUUUAAAUUUGCGAUUAUCAGGACUGCAAAUUAAUUUGAUAUCUUAGGCUUCGUAAUGUAUCCUACUUAAGUACAGUAGAGUGAUUUUACCUAACCCAUGAAAUAGGUAGUAGAAUAAUACGCACUAUUAUCACUGUAUUAUGUACUAAUUCCAUUGUCUUCUUCUGUUCACCAGUAGGUAUUUUGUAGUAGAUGUUAGUAUCUAUUACACGGGUCAAGUAAAAUCACCCUGUGUAACUUGGUGUGUAGUAAGUUAGGUUUCCCCAUUAAUUUACAACUGUGUAAAGUAAGUAACUAUCAUUAUUAUUAUAUUUUAUGUGAAUACUAAUUUUUUUAACACAGGAGCUGUGGCAAGGAGUUCAGUUCAAGCUACAGGCGAAAUGAAUUUCACACCAUCCUGUAAAGAACACAAUGGAGGACAAUGAAACUGACAAUGACUUUGAGAAGGACACUUUAAGAGGUGUAUAUAAACUGAAUAAAACGAUUUUAGUAUAGUAGUUGACGUUAUAACAUAGGUUUCAGUAAUAAUCGUUAUUUGGAGAACAAGUACAGAAUUUUUAAGAUUGUUUAGUGUCGUUCUUGGGAAGCCUGUGUAGCUAGCGGUUUGUUUGUGGUCGUAGCCUAUUCCAGGCGUUCAGAUAGUGGAGUGCUGUGCAAAGUAAGAGAGCGGGAGACAAAUAAGGAGAUGAGGAUGCGGGAGAGAAACUCUCACCCCUUCCCCACCCCAUCGCCAUUUUUCCUGCGCACAUCUCUUCGCCCCGUACCCCCCUGUAGAGCGCGCACUUUUUCCCCAUUCCCCUCGCGGCUUCUCCGCUCGUUCAGAGGCACGCUCCCCACUGAAAACCGCCAGCCACUCAGGUUAGAUUGACUACCAUAACCUUGCCGCAUAAAACGUCUCUUAAUAGCCGGAAAGAAUGAACAAGUUUGUCAGAAACUGUGAGUAAGGAAGGUACGAACAGUUACAGUUCGUUCCCGGUACGUGCUUCCUAUCUCAGACAGUUGACCAGUCUUAUUUUAAACCCAGUAACGAACCUUGGUCGCGGGGUAGAGUUAUACUAAGCCUUAACUAAAAUAUGGAAUGGCAAGUUUACUUUAACACUGACUAUCCACCAUCUGUUUGAAGUCUUAUAUCACUUGAACUCUCGAUCAUUUAUACUUUUAAUCACUCAAUAAAAAUAGUUCUAGGUUGUUGAAUAUGGCAUCAGCCUACGCCCCCCCGUACGAACGCUGUACAGACUGUAAGGAAAGGGCAGGGGUCACUGUGCAAGUAAAGGGAUCGACGAAGGAGUCAGGCAUCUUGCGUUUGUCUAGGCGAAAAUUUAACCAGUUCAGUUCUUUUCUCAAUCAACAACAAUGAAAUUUUUUUAUCAAUUAAAGGGGUAAGUUUGUAAAGAAACUGUGGUGUUGCGUCGGUAGAGAAGUAAAACUUACGCAAAGACUUAGUUUUAUCAACUGAGCUGAUAAUUAAAGCAAAUCGGCAACGUAGAAAGAUCAAGAUAAACUGGAGUUCAGAAGACGCGCAACAGAAGAAGGCGAUUCAGGAACUAUAAACCCAAAAUCUUAAUUUGGGUUGUAAGUAAACUUCAAACAAAAAGCGGGCUUAUUAACCAGGGUCUUCACUGGCUCUUCACCACAUUUUGUAUGUCAGACAACAUUUUCAGUUUAAAUUAAUCUCUGGCCUCCGCUACUUCAGUUACUAGCAAAACUUUGUAUGUAUUUUUGUUUCAGUAAUUGCGGAGACUAGCAAAAAUGCUGGCAAUGAUGCAUUUCAUAAGGAUGAUUUUGUCAAAGCUAUAAACUUGUACACAGAGGGAAUUGAAGCGAAAUGCAAGGAUGAGGAUCUGAAUGCCAAAUUGUAUAACAACAGGGCAUCAGCUCACUAUCACUUGGGUAAAUAUCAUAUUCAUGUUUACGCAUUGUCAACAUUGGACUAAAUUCCGUAUCCAACAUUCCAUUCUCUAAUUUGCAUCCCAGCCCUGAUACACUUCUGGAAUCUCUAUGUAACUGUCUCUAUUGCCCCAUUGAUGAAUCAGGAUAAAGUCUUAGGUGGGCGAACUUUUUAAAGCUUAAGAAAGUAACAGAGGGGGAAGGGGGGGGGGGGGGGGGGUGGGUUCUCCAUAGACCUCGAUAACAUCGUCUCAAAGCAGAUAGUGCCUGGUCUAUUGAUUUACGUGUUCAUUAAUAGUUCAAUUCACGCGUGCAUCUUCCCGUUCCGCCGAUGUAUACUGCGCUGCAUUCGCAAGGAAUGUUAUAAAAUACUCAAUGUUGCUUCCUUGGGUUACUUAAAGAUCCUUAGAUCGCACAGAAUGUUCAGUGUCCUGUCGAAUAUGAAGACAGCCCGGGUGUACGCAUCGUUUAAAUGCAAGACAGGCACUGGCCCUCAAUUAAGAGACCCCUAGAUAAAGCAUAAAUUUUAAGUGCUGAUUUUUCUUCGAGCUGAUAGGGCAAUUCUUUCUAAUCUACUUGAGGAUUAUUCUUUUUAAUUCACGAAUAAUAAGAAAACAUUCUUGACAGAGAUGUGAUGGCGAACGUUGAGCAUGCUCAGUACCUUAGAAAGAUGAUUUGUCAAUUAGCGACACAGGCAGCUCAGAGGGAAAAAUCCGAGUACUCCCAAUAUUCCCUGUGUCACUGAUGAAAAUCAUCUUUCUCAUGUAUUAAACAGGCUCCAAAUUCACCAUCACAUCUGUAUCAUUGCGCAUAAGUACAUAUCAACAUUCUUGACCUAGCAGUAUGCAGGUUAUUUGUCACUUGAACCUUGUUCGGUAUUGCCCUUACCUCCCACGAGCUUAGUGAUAGAGCAUCUGGACUAGCAGACAAAAGGCCAUAGUUUCGACUCCUAUUGGGCCGCCUGUGUGCUUCACUGAUUGAAAAGUCAUCUUUCUCAAAAAACUCUUUUUCAGAGAAUUACCAUGAUUGUCUGAGUGACGUAAAAGCUGCGACAGCACUACAGCCAUCUUAUCUCAAGGCGAUUAUCAGAGGUAAAAUGAAUCCCAGUAGAAAACCUGAAUUUUUUUCUCCAUUUAAUCAUUUCGAAUGAGUCGCCUUUUUUUCCCUAGGGGCGAAGACCUGUUUAAAGUUGAAGCAGCUCGAAGAAGCCAUCGUCUGGUGUGAUAAAGGAAUAACCGUAUCCUUUCUAUGUUAUCGUCUUCACAGACCUUGUUUUCCUCUUUUUUGACAUCUUAGUGUGCGAGUACGAAAAUAAAAACCGCAGGGGAUUUAUUAAGCCGCAACGCACUGGAUAAAUUACUCAAAAAGAAGGAAGGAAAAAGCGUGUGCGGACAGGCUAUCUUUAAUUAGAAGAUCACAUACAAUUCCCUGACCGCACAGAUUAUUACCUCCUUUACUUUUACUAGGUCAAUGUCUCUUUUUUUAUGUUUUGGUAAAUUAAGCUUGAAUCGAUAAAAUUAGUUUAAAUAUUAAGUGAAUUUUUGGUGUCGAGUUCUGACGUCUCACACAAAGAGAAGCGUACAAAACUGAUUAUCGAACCGUUUUAUAAUACAGCUCAACUGAUGCUGCUGCUACUAAAACGUGUCAUUCCUGCCACUGCGGUCAGCCUAGUUUAAGGUAAAAGCAGAUUAUUUUCUAUCCCCUUAACUCUUGUAAGAUUGACAAGGACAAUAAGGAUCUGUUGGAGAUAAAGACUUGUUCUGUCAUAGAACGCGAAAAGAUUUUAACACAGGAAGGCGAUAAAGCAGCAAAAGAGGAGAGCGAUUCUCGAACAAACCAUACAUCUCUUGAUUGUACAAGUAAGUGUUAAAACUCCAAACACAAAGCGUACCUAUAACCAGCGUCUUUACUUCAAGUGGUUCUACAAUUUAUCAGCCGCAUCAGAUGUUUUGUUUUGUUCUCUGGCCUUGACUCAUUAAAAUACUGGCAGAACUCAAAACCACACUGUUUGUAUUUCUAUUUCAGCUAUAGCAGAAACACACAAAAAUGCCGGCAAUGAUGCAUUUAGUAAAAGUGAUUUUGUCAAGGCUGUCAACUUGUACACAGAGGGAAUUGAAGUAAAAUGCAAGGAUGGGGAUCUGAAUGCCAAAUUAUACAACAACAGGGCAUCAGCCCAUUAUCACUUGGGUAAAGUAUCAUUCAUAUAUUAUAUUUACUCAACGCAUUUUCAACACUGCAUGUUGUUUCGUAUCCAACAUUCUAUUGUCUAUUCUGCAUCUUUUCCCUUUUACGUAAAGACACUCCUGGAAUCCCAAUGCAACUGUCUCUAUUGACCCUAUUGAUGUUAUCAGGGUCGGUGAAGUCUUAUGUCCUAUUAUCAUCUCUUGGUUAUGAGGACGAUCUUGUUAAAGCCUAAGGGAGAAACAGUGGGGGAAGGGGGAUGGGGUCUCUAUAGAGAAUUUUAACUUCAUCUCCCAAAGAGCGUAGUGGCUGGUCUCAUUUGCAUGUUCAUUAAUAGCUCAAGUCUGGAGUCCCUGAAAAGCGUACGUCCGUUUUAUGUGCCGUAAUAGGUUCAAUUUAUGCACGCAUCUUCCAGUUCCGCCAAUUUAUACUACGCUGCAUUCGCAAUAAGGAAUCUUAUAAAAUACUGACAAUCUUGCUUCCUUGGGUUACUUAAGGAUCCUAAGAUCGCACAAAGUGUUGUCAUUUCGAAUAUGAAGACAGCCCGGUUGUACCCAUCGUUUAAUUACAAAAUAGGUACUGCCCCUAAAUUCAGUGACCAGUGGAUAAAAUAUGAAUUUUAAGCGCGCACUUUUUCGAGUUAAUAGGGUGCAAUUCUUUCUGAUCUACUCUACUUGAGGAUUAUUCUUUUUGAUUUAACUAAGGGACAAAAAUUCUUGAUAGAGAUGUGAUAGUGAAUUGUGAGCCUUGUAAAUAUAUUAGAAAGAUGAUUUUUUAAUUAGUGAAAAACAGGCGGCUCGGAAGGAAGAAUCCGAGUACUCCCAAUACCUCCCGUGUCACGGAUCGUAAAACCACCUUCCUCAUAUAUUCAACAGACUUCAAAUUCCCCAUCACAUCUCUAUCAUUGCGCAUUAGCACGUAUCAACAUUCUAGUCCUAGCACUAUGUGCCAGGGUAAUUUGUCACUUGAACCUUGCCUUGGUUCUUACUACAAUGAGGGACAAAAGUGUUGAGACACUUCCGUAAAAUGGCCCCUUUUUGAAUAGUGGACUUACCUAUCCCCUUCCCCUGUCUACCUCCACCCCUCGCCCCCAAAAUCAAUGUUGUAUUUUGGACCCUCAAGUCUUUCUUUUACUUCAGACAACAUUGAUUCGGGGGGUGAGGGGAUUUAUCGCGUUUAAAAGAAAUGAAAUAAUAAAGGAAGUAAAUGUGUGAUAAAAGCACCCGUUCUAAACAAGUGUGUCAACUACUUUUGUCCCUGAUUGUAGUCCCUUGUACCUUAAUUAGGGGUAGAGCAUCCGGACUAGCAGCUUGAAGGUCGUAGUUUCGACUCCUAUUUGGCCACCUGUAUGUGUCACUGAUUAAAAAGUCAUCUUUUUCCAAAAAUUCUUUUUCAGAGAAUUAUAAUGAUUGUCUGAGUGACGUAGAAGCUGCGACAGCACUACAGCCAUCUUAUCUCAAGGCGAUUAUCAGAGGUGAAAAGGAAUCUCAGUAGAACACCUGAAUCUUAAAAUUUCAUCCAUUAAAUCAUUUCAAAUGAGUCGACGUUUUUUCACUAGGGGCGAACACCUGUUUAAAGUUGAAGAAGUUUGAAGAAGCCAUCAUCUGGUGCGACAAAGGAUUAGACGUAUCCUUUCUUUAUCCUGUUCAGAGACAUUCUAUUUUCUCUUUUGAGAUCUUGUGCGCGCGCGAAAAUAGAAACUGUGGGGGAUUUAUUAAGACGCAACGCACUGUAUAAAUUACUCAAACCAAAAGAAAGGAAAAAAAUUGUGUGGACAGGUUAUCUUUUCUUCGAGGAGUAAAUGCAAUCGCUGACCGGACAAAUUGUUACGUCGCAAUCCUUUAUUUUACUAGGUCAAUAUCUCUUAGUACAGUCGGUUUAAAUAUUAAGUGACUUGUUGGUGACGCGUCCUGACGUCUCACACAAAGAGUAGCCAUUUAUAUACACGAACAAAACGGAUUACCGAUGAACAAUUUCUCCAAUUUCUGCUGCUGCUACUACCACUGCCGCCAGCCAAGAUUAUUAUUAUUUUCUACCCCCUUAACUCUUGUAAGAUUGACAAGAACAACCAGGAUCUGUUGGAGAUAAAGACUUGUUCUUUCAUAGAAUGCGAACACAUUUUAACACAGGAAGGUGUUAAACCAGCAAAAGAGGGGAGCAAUCCACCAAAAAACCCAAGACCUCUUAAACGCACAUGUAAGUAAAAUCCAAACAGAAAGCGCACUUGUAAUCAUGGCCAGGCAUCAAAUGUUAUGUUUUCUUCUCUGGCUGUCACUCAUUCAUACUGUCAGAACUCAAAACCACACUGUUUGUAUCUUUAUUUCAGCAAUAGCAGAAACUCACAAAAAUGCCGGCAAUGAUGCAUUUCUUAAAGGUGAUUUUGUCAAGGCUAUUAACUUGUACACAGAGGGAAUUGAAGUAAAAUGCAAGGAUGAGGAUCUGAAUGCCAAAUUAUACAACAACAGGGCAUCAGCCCAUUAUCACUUGAGUAAAGUAUCAUUCAUAUUGUAUUAACUCAACGCAUUGUCAAAACUGCAUUUUGUUUCGUAUCCAACAUUCUAUUGUCUAUUCUGCAUCUUUGCCCUUUUACGUAAAGACACUCCUGGAAUCCCAAUUCAACUGUCUCUCUUGGCCCUAUUGAUGUUAUCAGGGUGAAGUCUUAUGUCCUAUUAUCAUCUCUCGGUUGUGCGGACGACCUUGUUAAAGCCUGAGGGAUCAGUGGGGGAAAGGGGAUGGGGUCUCUAUAGAGAAUUUUAACUUCAUCUCCCAAGGAGCGUAGUGCCUGGUCUUAUUUGCUUGUUCAUUAUGUUAUGAAGUAGUUGCUGUUAGUUCUGUUUUGGAGUUUUGGUAUUUUUAAGGUUUUUCUAUCCGAAUGAUUAUUUUGUAGCACGUGCUAAUUUCUUAAUAAACAGUUCAUAGUCCAACGAAAUUCAAUGUAUAGGCCACACAGUUAGUUCCUGAGUUUUGAGAAGUGUAGUCUAUCGAAAGGAUUUGUUGAACUUAUUGUAGUUCUUUGAAGUAAGCAUGUUCGGGGAUUAUAGGUGACCUUGAGUUUUGCCUCCACUGAAGUUCCUGUUUUGUAUGCUUGGUCCUGGGGAGCAGUUUUACUGCUAGCAUUCAAUUGGCUCUUUAGUACUUGUUAAUUGCGACAGUGUAGACUAUUCUAUUGUUCACAAGUUCAGCGACAGGAUAUGCAAUGGAAGGGUCUCGUGGUCAGCUAACCCAAACACGUCCACAAUUUCGUUAUUUAAUUCGGUGUGUUAGCUUGUAGAAUUAGUGAAGAGUAGUUGAGGUUUGUUACAUAUGAGCUGCUGUAAAGAUUAAAGAACAACAAGAUGUAAACUCAGAUAACUGGUACCUCUACGCUCAGCGAGCAAGUUGCUCGUAAACCCCCUACAAUUAAUAGCUCAAGCCUGUAGUCCCUGAAAACCGUAUGUCCGUUUUAUGUGCCGUAAUAGUUCAAUUUAUGCAUGCAUCUUCCGCCAAUUUAUACUUCGCUGCAUUCGCAAAGAAUGUUAUAAAAUAAACACAAUCUUGCUUUCGUGGGUCACUAAACUUUUCUUAUAUCACAUUAAGUGUUUCGUCGUGUCGGAUUUCAUAACACCUCGAGCGUACGCAAGGUUUACAUAGAGUCUACAAAGUAGACGCUGCCCCUCUCAGUUUGUGCGGAUUAUUCAUUUUAAUGUGGGUGUAAUAAAACUCUUUUUCAGGAAAUUAUUCAGAUUGUCUAAGUGACGUAAAAGCUGCCACAGCACUAAAGCCGUCUUAUCUCAAGGCGAUUAUCAGAGGUGAAAAUGAAUCUCAGUUGAAAACUUGAAUUUUUCCUGAAACAAUGAUUUCAAACGAGUCUACUUUUUUUUUCACUAGGAGCGAACACCUGUCUAAAGUUGAAGCAGUUUGAAGAAGCCAUCAUCUGGUGUGAUAAAGGAGUAGCCGUAUCCUUUCGUUAGCCUGUUCACAGACCUUCUAUUUUCUCUUUUCAGAUCUUCUAGUGUGCGUACAAAAAAUAACCCCCGCGUGGGAUUUAUUAAUUCGUAACUGACUCGUCCCCAGUCGUCUCUCAUUAUUAGUAUUCGGCGUGGAAGACUUGAACGGGCUGUUUAACAAGCAUAACCCAAGCAUAACCCAAGCGCUUCCCUAGUAAAUAACUAAUGAGUAGACACAAUUUAGAGACGACUGUGGACGAGUCAGAAUUCGUAAUGCCCUGGACAAAUAACUAGUUCGCUAACGUACGUGUGGACAGGUUAUCCUUUCUUAGAAGUGUAAAUAAAAAAGCCCUGACCGCGUUAUUAAGAGGCGGUCCGUGUAAGAACCGACCACUCGAAUUUCCACGGAAAACAGAAUUCCUUCAUUUUUUUUCUGCAACAUAAUUAGCCCAUUCCAUUAACAAAUAUCGAAUUUGUUUGGCUCAUAGUGCUUUUUAAAAAAAAUUUGGGCGGCGAUUUGCCUGGACGGUCCAAAGCUGUCAUGAUCGUCUUUUUGAAGGUCAAAUUUAAGCGUGUUGUUCAAAGCUCGCAAAAAUUUCGCAUUUAUCCAAAUAGCAUAAAACAAAAGUGUGAUUUUAAUUCAUGCUUCCUUUAUUCAAAAAAGGCAAAAUAUUUAAAUUCUGACUUUAAAAAAACGAGUUAUGAUGUUUUGAAAAUAUCACGUAAAGCGUCCUUGAAAAAAAUGCGCGGUUAUCCUAGUUUUAAAAUAAGCUUUUUUCAAAAGUCUGACGUUAUCUGGAGUCUUGGUCACCCUCCCUGUUCAGUAAUAGGGCUAGUGUAUCGAAAUCAAGAAAAACAUUUUUGGGCACUGUUGAUUCCGAAGCACAAGAGUUCGAUAAAGUUGGGUAAUAUUUUACUGUAAUUGUGCGUAUGACGUAAUUUACGCAUUUUGGUGAUUCCGAACUUUCCCACUGAAAAUCAAACCGAGAGAGCAAAUGUAUUUAAAAGUGGCCUUUAUUGUUCGAGAUAAACUGUGAACAGCUAACAACUUACCAAAUGCUACACGAAACUAGGAAUUGCGAAGUUUAAUAGUCGAAAUUAUCGAUUCCGGGGUAAGUUGUCAGUCGUCUAAGUUUACUUCUAAAAGCCGUUUACAAAAUUUCAUUCAAUUAAAUUGGUCGUAGGUUUUCCUGAUCAACAAAAAAAGAAAAAGCUUUUCAUUCAGGUUAAGCAUAUAAUUACUUGACGAAAGUGAGUCCUGUUUAAAAGAAUUACACAUUUUAUUAAAAACACCCAGUACAUUACAGCCGAAAUUCAAAUCAUCUGAACAGUGUUAAUUUCCCGUCACGCUGGCUACGCGUGAAUGUCAGUCUUUAGCUUGUCACGCGUAUGUACCUUUUUUAGUACGGUUGACAAAAAACAUGUUCUUUUCUAAUUCGACUUUUCAAAAAGUAUAAAGGUCUUAAAACGUCUUUUCAAGUUUUCGAAAAAUAACUGCCUCCACGAUCUUUUUGAACUCGAGGUCGAAAAACCCUGUUGGUUACUAUAUUAAAUAGCGGUUUGUGCCUUAAUGCGGCUGGUUACAGUCACAGCCUUCAAGAAAUUCGGAUAGGUUCGCUACAAGAAUUUUUUUCUAUCGCGAGAACUAAAAGGAAUUUCAAAGUAUUUCAACAUGUCCUUGAGCAUAGCAACGCUAAAUCUUUCAAGUUUCUUCUCGUGUGAAAGGUCACAUAAACAAUAUGAAUCAUAGCAGAUCGGAUGCUUAGGACCAAGGUGGGUGGCUACCUCUUCCAGGGUGGCUCGUCUUUCCUGCUCUUCCUGUUCCGCCUCUACGUCUUCAUUGAGCGCUUCCCGAUGUGCUUUGCUUCUUCGCGAGGCCGCUAGCCUCGAAAAAAAUCCCUGUACUUGACCCUUUGUGAGCCAAUGUUUCCUCUCAAACAUCCGAGAACUGUCUGGGUUUCUUGCAGUUCGCACAUCUGCUGCCACUUUUGCGGGAUCUGACUUGAUGCCAGUUCUUUCUCCAAGAUCAAAUUUCGUUGUUAGGUUCUGUUUAACCUCGGUAGGAAAACGCACAGCUUCGUUUCGGGGCUUGUGUAGAACCCAUCCAGUCUGCAAGUCACUGCACUCGGGAAAGCGGCCAGUUUUAUUCUUUUCGUGAUGCUCCUCUACAACUGCUUCAGGCACGCUUCUGAUUUCUUCGUCCUUAUCAACAGUACGAAAUUUCUCCGCCCAGUCUCUUCUGAGCUUGUCGUACACCGUAUCAGAGUUUCCGCGAACUUGGCUGUGCUCACCAACAUCAAGGUGAUUUUCGAGUUCACUGAAUUUCUUGAAAACCAUGUUGCACCCGGGCUCAGAACAAGAGAAAAGACCGUUGCAUUGUUCAUUUUCACUGUUUGUCUCUCUCUUAUACACUCGAGCUUCUUUGAGAGGAAAGAAGUUUUCAUGCACAAUGAGACCAGUAGGACCUUGAGGUUCAGUUAUGACCUCUCGGUAAGGAAUAAACUUGCCUAGUCCAACACCAUAAGCUUUCCAUGCUCUAAUUCCUUUCACUUCAAACUUGAAAUUGUGAUACUUGCUGAAACCUUCUAUCUUAUGUAGUUCGAGUGUCUUUUGAGUCUCAUUCAUUGCGCACACGGAGGCAGUUGUACCUUGAACAGGACGUUCUGAAAGCGCUACACGCAUGUCUUUCGCAGAAACGACAUCGUGUCCUUCAUUGCAAUAUCGUCGGAUGGAUGAUUUCAUUGGACAAAGGAUUCUAUCACAGAUAUCUUUUCCAUACUGCGGCUCGGAAAAGUCAUACAGUGCUACUUCAAUGCCUACUCGUCUUCCGGCAUCUCUAACGGCGGCUAAGAGAAAGUUGUUGUGGUAACAGCCUGCUUCGUCACUCCUUAGGUUCACUUGGGUAAUCUGGGGAUGUUCUUUCUUUACAACCUCAAGUGUGUUUUCGAUGAUCGAGCAUACUGCGUACCAGUCUUGCUGGCAAGAGUCGAAGAUAUGAGCAUACGAUUGCAGCUCAAUUUUUCCAGAGUCAACAUUCUUAGUUAUAAAGGUGGAAAUAUGCCAGCUGAGCCCCCGUUUGCCGAACCAUUCAGACUGUUUCUCACGAAAUUUUAUUUGGAGGAACUUCAUGGCCCAGUCCAUGAUCAGAAUGGCUGACUGUGGGUCUUCUGAUUUCAGUGCAUCUUGUUUCGCCUCCUCCUGAUUUAUUGAGCGUACAAUGUGCGCUUUCCACAGCAAGAUGUCUGACUGUGCACGGUCAAAGUCGUAAAGGACAUCUUCUCGUUGUUCGCAACUGUAAGGCUUCCAUGACGACCCUUCAAUCGCUAGUCUCACUUCCUUUAGAACAUCCUUCAGCCCUUGGCAUUGCUCGCAAGUCGAUUGAUGCUGAUGCGGACAAGGAUGCUGGAGCUCGGGAUCAACAGGAUCACUAAGCGCAAACUUUCUACAGUGGUCAGCACAAGUAGAGUAAUGCUGUUGACAGUGUACACGGUAGUCAGUUUUGAGAUAGCGUUUAGCAUCGCGUAGGUUUUGGCAAAUACGUAAACACCACUGUUUGUCCAUUCCUCCCUUCUCAAGAGUUUCAACCAGCGUCUCAAUAGUCUGAAAGCCCGCAGCACCAUCUGCAGCCGUAUUGUCCAAUCCCUGGAGCGAUUUACGCUGAGACGCUUCUCGAACCUCCAAUAUUUUAAACAGAGAAGACCUACUAAGUGGCUCGUGACAUUGCUCUUUGCAAUACUCCAAGUAUUGCUCAAUCAUUGUAGACCUGGUCAGGAUCCUUACAACGUUAGGCAUCUCAAUUCUGUCACCAUUAUCUAGGGUGAGUACCUUGUUACCAUAUGAAACAUCCUGAUAAAAGUACGGUCUAUUAAUGAACUCUACAAAGUGGUCGACCUUCCCCAUAUCAAGGCGUACGCGAUGCUUCGUCUUGAUUUCAGGGAUGGUCCCAGGACCGUGCAUUUUAGCAUGAGAACGUGCUUGCUUUAUUUCCCAUGUAGAGAGACUUCCGUAAGGUUGGUGAAUUUUCUUCAGUUUGGUCAUAGAGCGUAAAGGCUCAGAAUCUGUUUCUUUAAAUUCCUGGUCUUUGCGUUCUUAUAAGCAGUCAUGAGUACCACAAGAUCAUCGGGGACUGCGCCAUCAAAUAAUUCUCUUUGUACAGACAUCAUUGACUCGAAGAGCUCCUCUCCGUUACCUGGGGCAAUUACAUUACAUACGUGCAAGCAGUCCUCUUUAGCCUUUUUUACAAAUUUCAGCUGUUCCCCAUCGCUUAAGUUUUGGUAUGGAGUUUUAAGCUGAUAUUUAAGAGGUUCGCGUUCUACUUGUUCUUGUGUAGUAAGACUCGCAAUUGUAUCCAUCGCCUCGUUAUACCUGCCGACUGCAUCGGUUACCACGGGUGAAGUUAAAGAGGCCUCCUCUGACCCUGGAGUCCAGCAUGGUGUUAUCGGAUUCCAGGAAGCUGGCGUUGAUUGGUCUUCAAGAAAUGGAGUGGAAGUGACCAUGCGACCGAUGGCUCCCACAGCAGCCUCUUUAGCAGGUCUGCGGAGAAUAAAAAUGGAAAGGUUGCUACUUAGUUGCCUUGCGAUAGGAUAACCUGACAGGACAACCGUGUGUGUGUUUUUAUAAAACAACAACCAAACGACUACCCUCCCGACAGUACCUUUGAAGGAGCACAUCUCCCUCAGUUUCCUCAGGGUAUAGCCAGUCUGAUUUCCGAUCUACUUCUUCACUGUGUUUCUUUCUGCACGUUGUGCAAAUAGCUAUAGUAACAAAAAGAAACAAAAAAAGUUUUCCAACCUGGAAAGACUUGUUAAAAAAAUACUGAAUUUACUACUAAGUUGAUAAUAGAAGCUAUAUGUUUAUAUCCCAUCUUGGAAAUUAUGUUAUAUAGGCUAUAAAUUAGCGACCGAAUUUAUGGAUGAUGCACAGCAAAGAACUAUUGCUGUAAUGAACUACAAAAACCAAAUUAUGAUCAUUUGAUAUGUUAUUUUUUUGGAAAUGAUUUUCUGGCUCCAAAAUACUAUCAAAUACGGGAUCGAUCGUUUAUCGUUCAGAAAAUAUAUAGAAUGGGACUUCCCCUCAGUCUACAGCUCGCUUUUAAGUAAUUACGAACGAAAGUAUUUAGUUGAAAUGUUAAGGAAGACAAAACCCUUUAAUUCUGAUAUGUUAAUUAUAAAAUGAAUGCAUAAAACAGUUAUAGUUGCUAGUCUGAUAGUACUUACGCGAGCCAACGGGAACUGCUUCUUCAAAGAUAUUUUUUAUUUCCCUUGCAGUCUUGAAAUUAAUAACAUGUGUUCCGGCUAUUGCCAUUUUCUUCCCGUGAUGUUUUGGAUACUUGCAGGUCUUUGGAGCUUGCCAGUAUUUUGCCAAAGUGUAACGAUGGACUGGACAAACCGUCAUAUUCUUGAUCUGAUCAUCAGUGAGUUCUAACAGACCUACCCUUGCCAGUAUCAGAUCCAUUUCACAAACAUUUUCCCUUGACAGGUGGUGAUUCAUUAGGUGUGAACUAAUGUCAGCGUUGCAACUAUUCAAGCACACAAAAUCGACACAUCCUCGAUUACUUCCGCAUUUUCCGCCUGUUAAUGCGGAAAAAGAACAAAAUGCAGCCAUUCUAUCUGCGAAGGUUAUCUCGGCACACUGUAAAUACGCUCUACGUUUUGUGUUGCAAAUUUGCAUACGAUAUUAAAUUAAGUGAACGACGCCAGAAAAAUUAACUUAAAUUGAAUUAAAAACUUGAAGAAAUUUUUAGUAAACCAGCAAAACAUUUUUAUUCUUAAAAGUAGCCAGUUUUUUUGUACCUUGUUUAUUGUACCUCGUUAAGCCUGAUAAGUAGUUUCAGCUUCGAUAAAAUAACAUCCAACAUGUUUUGCACUGCAAACUGAAAUCUGAAAUUGACAUCCUCAGACACAAUAUAAAUGAUGUCGUCUGCACGCAACAACUUGUGGCUAGAAAAUUUGGUACAUUUUGGUAAACUAUUUCUUUGCUGGAUCGUGUCAUAACUUUUGGGGUGGUAAUGACACGGUAAAUCUAUUAACAAUGUGUUUUAAAUUUUUUUACCGUUCUAGCUCCUUUAUUUCAACGAAAUUUCUUAACUGUUUAGCCACCACUUGACAUAGGAACAUUCACCGGAGCUGCUACGUUUUUUUGGAACAUCCCAAUUUUAAUUUAGGACAAUAUGUAGUGGAUUUUAAGAUAUUCACUGUUUGUCCCCAGCAUUAAGUUAGUUUUGAAAAUAGUUGCUCCCUGACAGUAAUGAUUUUUAGUUUUAUAGCAGGAAAGUUCGGAAUCAAGAAAAUGCGUAAAUUACGUCAUACGCACAAUUACAGUAGAUUGUUACCCAACUUUAUCGAACUCUUGUGCUUCGGAAUCAACAGUGCCCAAAAAUGUUUUUCUUGAUUUCGAUACACGAGCCCUAUUACUGAACAGGGAUAGUGACCAAGACUCCAGAUAACGUCAGACUUUUAAAAAGAGCUCAUUUCAAAACUAGGAUAACCGCGCAUUUUUUUCAAGGACGCUUUACGUGGUAUUUUCAAAACAUCAUAAUUCCUUUUUUGGGGGGUCAGAAUUUAAAUAUUUUACCUUGUUUGAAUAAAGGAAGCAUGAAUCAAAAUCAUACUUAUGUUUUAUGCUAUUUGGAUAAAUGCGAAAUUUUUGCGAGCCUUGAACAAAACGCUUAAAUUUGACCUUAAAAAAGACGAUCAUGACAGCUUUGGACCGUCCAGGCGAAUCGCCGCCCAAUUUUUUUUUAAAAAAGCACUAUGAGCCAAACAAAUUCGAUAUUUGUUAAUGGAAUGGGCUAAUUAUGUCGCAGAAAAAAAAUGAAGGAAUUCUGUUUCCCACGGAAAUUCGAGUGGUCGGUUCUUACACGGACCGCCUCUUAAUACUUCAAUUUUUACUACGUCAACGUGUUUUUACUACUUUUCAUCUUCGAUAUCAGUAUCCUUUCUUGGAUCUGCUGUCAAAGUCUUUAACGGUUCUUUUUUCCUAGGAGGCCCUAUGUGGGCCUCUCGGAUAACAUGAUCUAGAUCUUGAUAACUGAAGACGGAUAACUUCUGCCCGAGGUGUUUAUAACUCAGACAACUCAAGGCUAAGUAAGAAAAUCAGUCUUGCGGGGAAAAUUCGUUCCAGAAAAAAAUUCAGAGUUAACAGUUUCAGCAAAAAAUUAGCCUGGGACCAGGCUCCGAAGUGGGGCAAAAGGCAAAACACGGGCUGAAAUGGGAAAAAUAUACAUCGGCUAGCGAAGGGAGUCGAUGGAUGGGCUGGGGAGGGGGGACGGGCGGCGCCACAGCCACCCUUUCCCUACCUAUACUAGCGCUGGGCUCGCUUCGCUCGCCGGUUUUUUUCUCCUUUUCCCCCAAUGCGGAGCCUGGUCCCAGGUUACAAGAGAUGGAAAAGCAUAACAAUAAAGAAACCGAGAAAAAAAAUGCCGUAUAAACAGUGUAUAGAAGCAAUACGGCAUUGUUUGCAUAGAGCUAUAUGAUCGCCCGUUUUGCAUUUAUUUAGUACCAUGCUCGUUGCUCACUUCGACUCAGAUGUUUUGUGUGAAUGAUGAAACUUAGUCUGCGCUCAUAAUUAGGGCCCGUUUAAAGGAUAAUAUUGUACAAAAUCCCACUUCUCACAAAUUCACGAACAACAAAAAAAAUUUGAAAUGAAGACCCCUCAACGAUUCCUCCCGGUUGGCGAAUCGGCUCCCGGAACCAAUCAGAUUUCAAGGAUUUGGGAAUUUUUCUCGCUUUUGCAAAUAGCCAUGUGGGGCUUGUUUUUUCACGUAUAUUCACUCAGCAUUUUUAAGGGGUGAUUCUCGUUACAAACCUUGUUUUUCGUCUAUUUCAAAAUAUUUUCUUCUAAAUCUGACCAAGAUUGCAUCCAAUCAAAAAGUGGCUCCAUAAUUAAAAGAUUGGCAUUUUUGGAUGAUUUCUUGACCGUUUUCAACGAAUAAAAGUGGGGGAUGUAAAAUUAGAAAAUACUGGAUGUAAUAUAUCAAGCAUGAGAUGCAGUGUUUCAUCACCAGAUGAAACGCCGAGAAGAGAGUUAAAAAUACGACGCGCAGAGGAGUAUUUUUGACGAACCUCGAGGUGUUUCAUCUGAUGAUGAAACCCUGUGUCCAAUACCUGAUAUUGCUUCUCAAAAAAAAUGAUUUAAGAAAGAGAACUCAAGGAUGCAAAAAUGAGCAGUUUUUCAUCUGAUUUCCAAACACUCGUUAAACAUCAAUUUCCUUUGUAUUUUCGUUAUGAAUUAUUAAUGAGUUUGAGAAGUGAGGAUUGAAGAUAUGAAGGAAAUAAUGAACAGGCAAAUACAAGAUUAUUCAAGUUAUUCUAUCCACCACCACCACAAGGUUCCCCUGAGCUCAUUAGUGGAUCACCUGGUGUAUGUUUAUAUCUUUCAUUCCCAAAUCAACCCCAUUCCCACCAAAAAAAAGAAACAGCUGGAAUCCAUAUCCAUAUCGUUUACCAAGUCCAUUGUAGGAUACUUUCUAAAACCUGUUUAUCGAACUUGACAGUCGUAAGAUUUACAAUAGUAACAAGGAGCUCUUCAAAAUAAGGAGGAUAAGCCAAAGAGAUACUCCAAAGUCAGAAGCUAACACUGUGAAAAAAACGGUUAGUGGUCGAUUUUCUUAUAUAUUGGGCUUAGGGGUAACUGUCCAGCCAAAAAAAUGUGUUAAAAACAAAUAAAUACGUUUUGAAGUAAGUAUAUACAUGGUUCUGAUAGGGAAGACAUUCACAUGAGACUUACUUCAAACCUACCCCGUUUGGAUGGUUGGGCAUACAUUUUAGAGACGUACGUAAAAACCAGUAAACUGAUACAAUCAAAUGUCUGAAUAAUAUCUGAUCAUAGAGCAAUUCAAUUUUACAGGUGUUUACUCCAUAUCAAUCAUCAACGAAUUUGCCCAAAGAAAACCAACCCGUUGAAAUUAAAGAUGAUGAAUUUGCACGCGUCAUGAGCAAUUUUGAUGAUGGGCCAAAUCUUUCUGGGAAUGUCAACGACAUCGUUAACUUUUACUGCCAAAAACUCAGUAGUGCCAAACAUGCGCGAGAUAAAGCUAGUGAAGGAGCUGUGUAUAGUAUUACUGGUUUGUUUUUUCUGAGCCAAUGUGAUUACAAGAAAGCCAUAGAAUAUAAUGACCUUGCUCUUGAUAUUUUCAAAGAAUUGGGCGACAAGAGACAGGAAGGAUAUGUGUAUCAACUUCGUGGUGAUGUUUUCCAAAAGCUCUGUGAAUUCGAAAAAGCCAUGGAGUACCAAAACCGUGCACUCAGUAUAGCAAAAGAUCUGGGAGAAAAACCUUUGGAAGGUUACGCUUACUACGGUCUUGGCAAUGCUUUUCGAGGUUUGUGUAGUUAUCAUGAAGCAAUAGGCUUCUACAAGCGUUCUCUUAGAGUCGCCAAAGGUCUGGCUGACAAGACAAUCAGAGGGUCACUAGAAGGUAUUGCCUGUAGCAAUCUCGGACAUGCUUUUGACUGCCUUGGUGACUACAAACAAGCUGAAAUUUACCACAGGCGUCACCUUAGCAUUGCUAAAGAGAGGAGAGACAAGUCUGGAGAGGGAGACGCGUACAGAGCUCUUGGCAACGUUUUUCAGGGCCUUGGGAAUUUCAGAAAAGCCCAAGAUUAUUACAGCUUAAGCCUUAGCAUUGCCAAAGAUGUACGAAACAAAGAAGCAGUGGCACUGGCAUAUGCAGGUCUAGCAAACGCUUCCCGCAACCUUGGAGGUACAAAAAAUGCAGUAAAAUACUCUAAUCUGCAUCUUACCUGCGCCGAAGAAUUAGGAAAUAGGGGAGGGGGUGCGUAUUGCAACCUUGGACAUAUUUAUAAAAGCCUUGGAGACUUCAAGAAGUCCAUAGAAUACUUCAAACGCUACCUUGAAAUUGCCAAAGAUUCUGGAGACUCGGCAGGAGAAGGGGCCGCGUAUGGUGGCCUUGGCAGUGCUUUUGACAGCCUCGGAGAUUUCGAAAAGGCGCUUUACUUUCAUAGCCAACAUCUUGAUAUCGCCAAAAAUAUUGGAGAUAAAGAAGGGGAGGCGAUUGCAAAUGGCAAUCUCGGCAACGCUUAUCUCAGUCUUGGUGAUUUCAAGAAGGCCCUCUACCACUACUUACGCCGCCUUAGUAUCGCAAAAGACCAGGGAGAUAAAGCAGGGGAAGGACGUGCGUAUGGCCAUCUAGGCAGCACUUAUCAACAUAUUGGCGAUUACGACCAAGCCAUGGUCUAUUACGACCGGCGUCUCUGUAUUGCCCAAGAGCUUGGAGACAAGGCUGGGGAAGGGGCUGCCUACGGCAAUAUAGGCACAGUUUCCCAAAAUAUUGGUAACUACAUGAAAGCCAUAGAUUGUCACAAGCAACAGCUUAGAAUUGGUAAAGAAAUAGGAGACAAAGGAAUGCUAGGCAUAGCCCACAGUAAUAUUGGACAAUGCUUUGAGAUGCUGAAAAGUUUACCUGAAGCACUCGAAAAUUACCAAACAAGCGUUAAAGUGUUUAAUGAAAUGCGAAGUCUCCUCCAGUCUGAAGAUCAGUGGAAGAUUGGAUUUCGGAACGAAUGUAACCAUGCUUACACAGGUCUUUGGAGAGUUUUGUUAAAACAAGAAAAGAUUGGUGAAGCUCUGGCUGCUGCCGAAGAAGGUCGGGCCCAGUCACUAGCUGAUCUGAUGACAUUCCAGUAUGGUUUAAAAGAAUGUCAAUACAAAGGAAAACCACUAGAAGAACAGGAAUUUGGCAUGUUGAACCACACUUUAUCAAGUACCAUAUUCUUAGCUGUAAACGUGGUCGAAAACAAAGUAAAUAUCUGGGUAAUUUCAAAAGAGAAACCCCUUCUUCACAGGGGGAAGACACUUGGUCGUCAUUGUGCAAAGUUUGCAUCUGAAACAUUACACUCCUUAAUUCAAUAUGCCUACAAAAACAUUGGUGUUGGUGCUAAUGGUAACUGCGAGGAUCGGUCUUUAGAUUUGUUACGCGAAAACUGCUCUGGUGUGGAGCGGUCAUCCAAAAAGAGCUCACAGCCCAUUCUCCAAGAAGAUAUUUAUCCCUUGUCAGCCUUGUACAGCUAUGUGAUUGCACCGAUAUUAGAUCUAAUUGAUGGCGAUGAAAUAAUCAUUGUCCCGGAUGGUCCAUUAUGGCUUGCUCCGUUUGCUGCAUUACUGAAUCCUUUUUCCAAAUACCUGUGUGAAUCAUUCAAAGUCCGAAUAAUUCCCUCUCUUUCAAGUCUAAAAAUUCUUGCUCAUUGUCCAGAAUUUCACAGCAGUAGUGGAGCUGUAGUUGUAGGAGAUCCAGACGUGAGUGACGUUAUCAACAGUCAAGGAGAGCAGCUGCAACAGCUUCCUUUUGCCAGGAAAGAAGCACAGAUGAUCGGGCAAAUUCUAAACGUUGCACCUCUCACUGGAAAAUUGGCCACCAAAUGUGAGGUACUUAAACAGAUAAGUUCGGUUUCUGUAGUACACAUUGCUGCACAUGGGUGCAUGAAGACCGGUGAAAUAGCGUUGAGCCCGAAUCCUGAGAGGAAGUCGCAGACCCCUGCAAAAGAAGAUUACAUGCUGACAAUGGCAGAUGUGAUGAGUGUAAAGCUGCGAGCUAAGCUGGUUGUCCUUAGUUGCUGUCACAGUGGUCGAGGAGAGAUCAAAGCUGAAGGCGUGGUCGGUAUAGCACGUGCCUUUAUGGGGGCUGGUGCUCGUUCUGUUCUGGUGUCGCUGUGGGCCAUCGAUGACGAGGCCUCCUUGGAGUUCAUGAAAAGCUUCUACCGUAACCUUGAGAAAGGGCAAAGUGCGAGCGAGUCCCUUAACCACGCAAUGAAAUGUCUCAGAGAAUCCGAGAAGUUCAGGGAUGUAAAAUACUGGGCGCCUUUUACACUUAUCGGCGAUGACGUCACUCUCGACAAAGAAGAAAAAAUUAGGGUCUCAUAA